GGCGUCAGCGGCCCCGGGACGGGCGGGGCUCCGCGUGCGGGUGCCGGCAUCGGAGAGCGCCGGCUGGUGGGUCGGAGGGGCCUCGCAGCCCCCGGCGCGCCCUGCCGCCUUCCGGCUGCCCCCAGCUCCGGCUGCCCCGGCCGUGGCUCUGAGCCCCAGGGAUGGGCGCCCACGGCUCCGGGCAGCGGUGCCAGCGCCUCACCGCCCUCUGAGGGAAGGGUUUCCCCCACAGCUCACCCACACCCGCCUCUUUUAGCUUAGACUCUUUUCUCCUUGUCCUCUCCCUGUCUGCUGGUGUAAAAGGUCGGUCUGCCUCCUGUUCAUCAGCUCCCUUUAAGUCCUGGAAGGCAAUGAGGUCUCCCUGCAGCCUUCUCCUGUCCAUGCUGCACAGCCCCGGCUCCUCAGCCCGUCUCCAUAGCAGAGGUGCUCCAACCUCCGAGCAUCUUCAUUGCCUCCCCUGCCCCGCUCCAACAGCUCCCACCCUUCCCGUGCUGGGCCCCAGGCCUGGACGCAGCACUGCAGCUGGGGGCUCCGAGGGCAGAGCAGAGGGGGACAAUCCCCUCCCUGCCCGCUGCCCCCCUCUGCUGACGCAGCCCGGGAUGCAGUCGGCCUUCGGGGCUGCGAGCGCACACUGCUGCCUCACGUCCAGCUCUUGGUCCACCAGAACGCCCACGUCCCUCUCCGCAGGGCUGCUCUCUGUGAGCUCUUCUCCCAGCCUGCACACAGCUGGCAUUGCCCCGACCCAAGUACAGCACCCCGCACUGGGCCUUGCUCAACCUCAGCAGGUUCUCGUGUGCCGCUUCUCCAGCCCGCCCAGGUCCCUCUGGGUGCUCUGUCCAACACAGAGAUAAGGAUGUGGUGCAGGACCAUGUUGAAGGCCUUGCACGACUCCAGGCAAUCAUCAGUUGUUCUUCCUUUGUCCACCAGUCCACCACUUACCGCAUUACGGAAGGCCACCACAUGGGUCAGGCAUGAUCUGCCCUUGGUGAUGUCCUUUUGUUAUGUAGUAAAAUACUAUCCUGGAAGAUCCUUACAGGUUAAGUCAGUUCCACGACCAAGCAGUCACUGGAGUUCUCCUAGUAGUGUAUAUGCUUGCCAAUCAGCUUGGGAGAGCUGGUGAAUUUGGGAUCAUGGCUUAAAGAACUGCUGUGCUAAUUUGUAUGGUUUUGCCCUGUCUCUGACCCUCUCUACCUGCAGCUCCUUUGGAUGCUGUGAAACACUUCUUGCAGCAGGGUCAGUAAAUGCUCCAACAGAGGAUGCAGUUACACAAAGCACAUGGGUUCUGGCAGAGCCUGUGUGAGACAGCUGCAUGCAGCUCAUAUAAAUGGAGACAUCUGCAUGUGGUGGUCUUUGCAGGACAUCUCUGAAGUAUCUGGGUUACUGAGAUGCUGAUGCUAAUGUUGAAAUGUGGGCUCAAAAGGGACUUUAAUGAAUGGAAGAGUUAUUUUACAUGCUGUUGCUUGUGCCCAAACACUACACUGUUUUACUGUAUAAUUCAGCUCCUGCUCCACAAACGUGUGUGGUCACACAAAACCUUUCUUCACAGGCGUUUUCCUUCUUACAGGAGAAGUCAUCUCGCUUGUCUGCAGCCUUGCUUGGUGAGGACUGUGAGAUCAGCCCGGAGCAGCUGUACGAGCUGCUACAGUACGCGGCCCUGGGGAAACACCACAAUGCAGCCCAGCCCAGCUGGUGCCAUAUUUAUCACCAGAGCCAUCUGGCUGGGGUUGUGGUUAUUGUUCUGCAUGAAAUGAGUCAGCUCCAUUUCUACAAAUUCUAUUUACAGUUCAAACACCUCCGAAAAGUGUUCCGGCAUAGAUUCACAUUACCAUCCCCUUCAGCUAACUUCCUAGCCAGUCUGUGUGGCGAAGGAGUGAGCCUGAAUCCUCAAGGCACUGCACAAGGCUUGAUUUCCACUGGCAUUGAAUGUAUUCCUAAAAGCUCAGGCUUGCAAUGUGAUCCCAUCAUCCGGAAAUACGGCAAAGAAAAACGAGGCCUCACGAGCUAUACUCUAACUUCAGAAGAGCUGAAAAAGAAUGAUUAUCCUAUGAGAGAUUCCCCUGGAUGUAAGGGUUAUAUGUACACAGAGUGUGAUCUUCAGAGGACAGACAGCAGCCCCCUCUUCGGUCUGGAUUGUGAAAUGUGCCUGACUGCAAGAGGGAAUGAAGUCACUCGUGUCUCUUUGGUGGAUGCAGAGGGGCAGUGCCUUCUGGAUGAGCUAGUCAAACCAGAAAGUGUGAUAGUGAACUACUGCACCAGAUACUCAGGAGUCACAAGGAAAAUGCUUCUUCCAGUGAAAACAAGAUUGCCAGACAUACAAACCAGACUGAAAAAGAUACUUCCCCAUGAUGCGGUGUUGGUGGGUCAUUCUCUAAAUGCUGAUCUUCGGGCUUUGCAAAUGAUCCAUCCCAGUGUUAUUGAUACUUCAUUACUUUUUGCCAGAAAUGAAGGCCGAAGAUUUAAGCUAAAAUUUCUAGCCAAAGCUGUUUUGGGAAAGGAGAUCCAGUGCGAACAGAGGCUUGGUCAUGAUCCUGCAGAAGAUGCUAGAGCUGCAUUGGAAUUGGCUCAAUUCUUUAUUAAGAAGGGACCAGCGAAGGUAGCAGAACUAAACUUGGAAAUGCUGCUGGCAGCUGAAAGGCAGACUGAAGUCUCACCAAACAAAUCUGUGAUGCAGCCACAGCAAUGUGGGGUCCAGAGGCAGCUGAGUGAUCCUCCACGCUUAUCCAAACCAUGUUUUCUGGCCUGCUUGCAGGGGAUGGGCCAGGAGCCCCUCCUUUUGGGCAGACAGGAACUGGACUCUUCUGGCCUUUGUCAGAGUGACCUCAGCACUUCCAACAAACAGAUUCUUCAGAGAGCCUUGGAAGACAUUCCUCUCUCCACAUUCAGUAUAAUUCAGUUCAGUUUGGAUCCAGAGUAUGUUGCAUCUCACUGUCUUGCUGGAUAUUGCGAAAAGGUGAGAAACAAGCUGACUGACAUGCUGACAAUUUACGCAGGUCCUUUUGAAGAAGACUUUUGCCUGAAGUCUGUGAAAAAAGAAUUUGGAAGGUGUGGGCCAAUUCAGUCUCUCACGGUGGUGACUGAAACGUACAGGCCAUAUGUUUGUAUCCAGUACAACGUGCUGGAAGCUGCCCAGCUUGCUGUGGAAAGCCUAAAUGGAGCUGAGGUAGCAGGAUCGUGCAUUAAGGUUCAGAGACCCAUCACUGCGGCAACACUGGACUGUGAUGUUCUGAUAAAGGAACUGGAACUGGAUAUAGAAAACGAAGGUGUGAUUUAUGUGGCGGGAAUAAAGAAAUCAUUAACAGAGACAGAUUUGCAAGAAGAAUUCAGCCCGUUGAAAGACCUGGAAACUCUUUUCCUGCCGAAGGAUCUCCAGAGUGGAAAGCACAGCACCUGCUGUUUCCUCAAAUUCCAGAAAUCGCAAAGUGCGGCAGAUGCCCUGGAAGCUAUAAAUGGCUGGGCUGUGAGGGGCAGCACGCUCAGAAGUAGGCACGCUCUUGCUUCAGGUCACCUCUGGAGAUGGAUUUGGCAAAUGAAUAACAGCAGUGAAAAGCAAGGAGAAAACAGUUUAAGUGAGAAGAUGGCACCACUGUCUGACUCUGAGCAGGAUGUAAAGAAAAAGGUGAAGAAGUUAGACCACCAUAUAAAAAAGCUUUAUAGAAGUCUGCAGGAUAACACCUUGUGCAUUGUUCUCUUUCCUGGAAUGAACAGCAUUCACGGAUCACAGUCUGGCCUUGGUCUGAUGGGAAUAAAAGAUGAGGGAGGGAGCAGUGCUUGUUAAGCUGCCAAAUUUUUAAUCAAAGUCUUUUGUAAAGAUAUUCAUAGUUACUUUAAAUAUUGAUGUCUUUGUAAAGAGCCCUUGCUGUAGGAACAAUGGGCUUUCACGCUGUAUCUUUUAUAAAUUCUAAAAAUAAAAGCUAUUCAAAACAUCUUAAAAGCACAAAGCCUUUUCCGUUAAUACUUCUGGCUGUGGCAUUUUUCCCUGGCACUGAAUUAGGCAAACACUUUGGAAGAGCUGAGGGCAGCGCAGGGGAAGUUUUCUGUAAAACCCCAUCGCUGUGAUGGAGUUCAGUGAGUUGUUUCAGCGUGGGGCAGUGAUGUACUGCAGGGCUCCUUCACUGCAGCCGUACCUGCAGCAACCACGCUCUCUGCUCCAUGGAACGUGCUGUGCCAGCUCCCAAAACAGUUACGGCCUCAUUUCUGGAAAAGCCCUGUACUUCAUGGAAAGGAGGAAUUAGUGAUUCAUACCUCUUGGACAAUCUCUUUUCUCCCACACCCCUUAGGAAACUAAAAAUUGCAACUUGGCUGCAGUGGGAAGGGCAAGGGCUGUUUGUUUGGGCCAUCUCAGCACGCAGCUUUAGAAACUUAACUCGCCGUGUUUUUGGUGGGGAGCUGUAAGUGCAGAGUUGCUGCAGGAGCCAGCCCUGACCAGCAAUAGUGUGAGAUGAGGUACAGCCUGAUGGUGUCAGCUCUGAGCUCUGCACACCUGGAACCGAAGGCUGCUUUACCACCCCUUAUCAACAGACUGAACUACAACAAUGCCCAAAAAAAGCUUUGGGCAUUAGGGGCAAAAAAAGAAAAGGGGAAAUGCUUGUUACCAAGUUUAAAAGUGAGACCAAGGGUUUCUUAUUAUGAAUUGAAAUAUGCUGAGAUAACGUUGAAAUAGUUAGUCCUGAAAAUGAUGAAAUGCAGUCGAUAGAACAUCACCCCCUCCUACUUCCCUGCCCAGAUCCCCAUGCCCACCUCCCAGGCUGAGCUGAUAGAGCAGGAACUGCUGCAGGGAGCAGCAAAGAGCAAUGGCAGGGAAAGGGCACUGCAGCUCAGGCCAUGGCAGUGGCAGGCAGUGUGCACAAUGGUGCUCGCUUCAGGUUUUUUCAUACCUACAAUUUAAAGCCUCUAAAAUUCCUCAAAUGAAAUCACUUAUUAAGCAAGAUGAAUGCAGCCAUUUAUUUCUUUUAUUUUAGAAAGGUACUGUAUCCACGCCCAGUGAGCUCGGCGGCCCUUUUCAAACUGGGAUAACCAUGCUGAGCCCCUUGUCAUUGCAGCUACAAAAAUGGACGGCAGUCUGAUCCUCCAUGCAGUGCUGCUGGAGGGAAUGGCGACUGCCACGGCCGCACUCAUCCCUCCACACAGCCCCUCUUCUGUAAGACUGCUCACAUCCAGCACCUCGUACAAACCUUGUGCACUGCAAAUCUGAGCAAAUAAACCAGGCCAUUUUAAUUCCAAUGCACUUAAGAACAGGGUAGGCGCCUCCCUGCACAGGGUUAGUAAGCAGCCAGGAUUUCUGCUUGGGAAACUAUGGAUAACAAAUAAAAGUAGCAAGAGUCCUAGUUAUAGUCAUGAAAAAAUAAUUAAUUUUUCCCCUUUUAAUUGAAAAUGUAAAAAGGACUUCAGGUUUAAAUAAAACAUUUUGUACAAAGCUUCACAAAAAAGUGAACACCAAAGUGUCAUUGUAUAAACACGACAAAUGACUCAUUUGUUCAUAACGCACAGAACAACGUGCAAGUGCCCUCUCCCAGGGACUGGGUUUCUCUGGCCGUCCCCUCCCUCAGACCUUACUGGAGUAAGGAGACCCAGAAGCUCUGAACAUUUACAAAGCUACAGUACUCAGGAUACAGAGUGACUACAGGCAAUACUUUUUUGGUGGUGAUGGGGUUUCAGGGCUUUUUUUUCCUGUUUUUUCUUAGUGGGUGUGUCAAUGCUUCAAUAUACAGAAGUAAACAAUCUCACAGGUGAAUGAAUGGCAACUUGGAUUAGAAAAAGCACCAAAAUAUUUAAUAUACAUCUGGCACAAACUCCACAAGAUGUCAGUAAUGGACAAACUGAUGCUUUGCUUAUAAGUAAAGAGAAACCUUAAUGCUUUUCUUCCAAAAGGGACCGAACAUUGCACUCAGUGUUGCUAUCAAGUAACAACAACCUUCUCAUCACAACCUGUGCACCGUGCCUCAGAUUGCACACUGUGUGGGACGCUGUUUCCAUUCUGUUCCAGAUGAUAGCGGUGAGCAAACAACACAAGAGAAGUAUUUGUAAAACAACAAAGCAGAUGAGACUCAGUAUAGAUGCAUCACCUCAAACUUUUCCCACUUUUUCUCCAGGUCACAGUUUCACACUUGGCCACAUUCCUCGAAAAGACAUCCAGCAUGAAACAGAAUUUACUGCAGCCUUUUCAAGCAUUACAACUCCACAGCACUCGUGACAGUGCCAGCUGGAGGAGGAAGCGUGGUUCUGCUCCACGACAAUACAUUCAUCAUUUCCUGUGGCGAGAAAAUUGGAUCAGGCGUGGUGUCUGCUGCUAAGUCCAAAAAGCAAGGAUUACUCCAGAUACAGAGAAUGGUAGAUUUGAUCCCAAGUACCCUUGAGGGCCUGGUAGCUAGCUGUGUUCACAUACAGUUCAGUGGAAGCUGCACAAAGGCGUGCUGCUUUCACUGUUUCCUUACAAUUUUUCACUUCUCUGGGAGCGUACACUACCAAAACACAUUCCUUCCAUACAGGGCGAUGUGGCCACACCAGGGCUGAGCUCCACAACAAGCAUCUGUGCUGCAAGCUGCAGUUCUCCAGGCUGGCUCUGUCAGUGCUUCCUCCCCCUCCACGCAGCUGCAGCAAUGCGGGCUCACUUUGUGCCCCAGGUCAGCUGGGAUGGAGCCCAAAAGUGCCGGGUGAGAACCCCAUGCUGCAGUCACAUCCAUCUCUCUUGGAACUCCAGCUAAUGGACAACUCGCAGCAUGAAGCCUUCCCACCACUCCCGGUGGCCCAUUUCCUUUCUGAGGGACCACUUAAACUUACUGAUAAGAAAGAAUGCGUAUUUUUAAGAUAACUAAGCUUGACUUAAGAGCCACUCCCGUGGCACAGGCACAGCUCCGUCGGCAACAUCCAAGCAUGCUGCCCCAGCUGCAGCCAACCCACAGCCCAAGGAGAAUCUGCAAGUAAGAAGCAAGAGCAUUGCAGACAAAUGUGUUUAUUCUGCAUGUAAAAUGCAUGUCAUCUAGAAAGAGAUUUUAUCUUCAGGAUGCAAUUAUGCAAAGGUAGAAGCUUUCUAAGAACAGAAAAGAAGGAGAACCUCCCAGCGUCUCCAGCAUGCGUGAGCACUCUCAGCUCUGCUUUAAGCGCAAGGCGUUCAUCCUGAGCAGACACCGAGCGCAGGGAGGAAGCAGCAGCUGUGCAGCCCUCACACUUUUGCAGCCUUCACUUUUUGUUGCCACAACUCAAGAUGGAACAAAGCACAGAAUAUGUAAGAAAUACACUCAUAGCACUGCAUCAGGUGGGUUCCUGAUGCUUUUCAAGAGCAAAUGAAAGAGCCAGAUGGUUCCUUCUUGGGGAGCAGCUGCUCCAUCUCCCAUUAUUGUGGCCUGAUCUGGAAAGAGAAGGUGUGAUGCUGAAAGGCCCUGAGCCAGAUGGGAGCAGCUCCACUCACUGCUGCGCUCCAGAACUCACUCCCUGCAGGACUCACACAUCCCUUACCAGCUUGGUUUUGCUCCCUUCCAAAGGGCUGACUGCAUGCAGACUAAAAGCAGGAUACCAAAAAUAUGGUAAAUAGGUAACACUUAACAUGGGUCAAUUAAAAAGUGUACAUUACUUAUCCAGGCAUCAUAGCCUGGGAGAGGAUGGUCAACUUGAACUACUCAAGUCCAACAAGAGGUAGAGAUACCUAUGUACUUCAUGGUGAAGGAGUUACGGCCUUCUAUCUUACAAUCUCAUGUAUUUCACUUCAACUGAGGAUAUAAACUAAAGAUACAAUCUUUGAUAAUCCAGAGAAAAAAAUUUAACACCAGUGUCUCUACACACAACAGAAAUAAGCACACUUAUCUUUUACUACUUGUUUGAAAAAAAACAAAAGCCUUCAAAAUUUGUGUUUUGCUGUAUAUUGAAACACUGAAGAAUUUUCAGUUUCAGGCUAAGCAUCUUCUUUUUCAAAAUGAAAGGGAAAGUUCACGUGCACACAUUUCAAGCAGAGGGAGCUCAAAGAAUCAGGCGCAGGACUGAUCAAAGAUUCCUGCCACAAGGGCCACGUUGCAGAACACAGGGCUGCAAGACCCGGACCUUCACAAUGCCUGUUCUCUUACAGCGAAUAGGAAUGGCGCAGCCUCAGCCAGCACGCUGUGUCAGACCCGAGGCAGCCAGUAACCACACGGUGUUUAACUCUGCUUGUUUGUUUGGGGUUAUUUUUUGGAAACAAGGCUUAGAACCAUAAGGAAGAUGCUCAUGUCAGCAGUCGGUGCACAGAAGCAGCAGGUAAGACACGACCUGUGCUCUGUGGGGCCUUGGGGCUCUGAUGGCCACAGCAGCAGUUGGGACAAACCCAUAGCCCACAGCAGCCCGUGGCCCAGCAGAUCCCAUACCACCUGCCACAUUCAUCUCUUUUUCCUCGGGUUCUCUCCAUACCAUUGCACAGUACUACAGAGCUCUAAUUCUCCACACAGAAUAGCACCAGCAGCAAAUAAACACACCGUUCCACAUUCAGUUUCCAUUAAAUUACUCAUCAAGUUUGAUGGCCAACUCUGGGUGGAAUCUUUCAAAUCUGCACUUGAAUCAACCCAUCGAUAGUCUUCAACCCAAAAUCACACCCCCAGGAGGAACUGGCAUCACUGAGCCAAGCUGUCAAGGCAUUGCAGUAACACUGCACAGUGCCCAGUGCACAAAUUGCACUUCUUUGUGUCUAAGUGAAGGCAAUAAAAUGCCACAGAGUGUGGAUAUCAGAUCACGUUCCCAGUAAAUUCCUACAAUGAUCUGUAUAGUUAUCUAUAGUUAUCCCAAGUUGCAGCAGACUCACUUCACGCAUCAAGAUUUCUAAUGCAUACUCUAAGAAAAAAAACUAAAUAGACCCAAUGGUUUUGAGCACUUUUUCUGCAUCACUGCUCGAUCCAGUCCCGUGGCCAUUAAAGACAGAUUAUAUGGAGAGUGAAAGCAUUGCACCUCUUCCACAACUAUUCACAGUUUAACCACUAGGCAAGCACAUUUUCAGAGGCUCCAAUAUUGCUGCAGACUUUGCAGAAGUGCAUCUGAAGCAGCACUCCAGUGGCACAGAAGGGCAGGGCUGCUGGGGGUAGGAGCACCAAGCACCAGCACUGCUACGGAAGAGCUGACCCAUAACCACAGCUUCAGGAGUUUAAAGCAGGCACAGGUCUGGCUUGCAUCCUGUAACUGCCCUGUAAGCACCAAGCCCAGACUGAAACCAACAGCACUCUGCCAGGCCCACCUGUGGGCAGUUCUCCUUGUGCGCUCAAAGCACAGGACAGAAUUCACUGACAGCUGCAUGCCCUGCCUCCCAGAGAAAAUAUUGUUCCUUUCUGUAUACUCAACACCUGUCAAAAGAAAGAAGCCGUGUUGUGUCUGAUGCACUGAAAUGGCUAAGCCUUGAUGUGCUACAAAUUUAUUUCCUUACUGCAAUCCAUGUUCCACACCACCAGAUAAACGUGUUCCACAGAGCUCUCUAAUCCCCCCCUUUUGGAGUUGCUGCAGUUCAUUGUGCAGACAGGCAGCAGUCACUGCUCCAACUCUGUGUGCAGAGUUGCACCCUGCACUGGGUGAACACAGCUUUCAUGCACCAAACACUUUAGAACUACCUUUAGGAACAAAUGAACCGAUGAACAGAGCACCGAGUAGCUGAAAGAAUGUCCCAAACUUCAUAUAGCCUUCAUUUACUAUCAGCUCAGGCCUCCAUCUGGAGCUUUUGCCAGUGAAGCAGCCUCUGCUGGAGAGCUCUUUUCUCUUGCUUAAAGAAGAGCACCAGCAGAAAUCUCAUUGAUUCCACACUAACAGCACAAAUGCCUACUUUGCUCACCAAACCAAAAUACGGUUUUGCUGCCAAAAUGUGCUAGUGCUGUUAGGGCAGCAUGGAGGAUAAGAGCAGCAGGGCACCCUUGGGGCAGACUUGCCUGUAACGCCCUGAGCUGGGGCCCCUCCUGCCCAGGGACAGGCUUAGCUAGGCCUCCAUUUGUUCCCAACUGCUUCACUCUCCCAAGAAGAGCUUGCCAAAGCAGCACAGACCAAACCCUCCUGUUAUUAGGAGGAAGAGAUGCCAUCAGCCAUUUUGGGCUUGUUUUUAAGCAUUUUUAGACAGCCAUAGAUUGUAACUAAUGUACGAGCUCUGCACAGCCUGCAUGGCAGCUUGGGGCAUCAGCAGAGCCCAGCACAGAGGUCAGGCAAACACUCCGCUAGCUCAGCAGCAGACAUGCACUACACACCACCCCAGACCCAACAACAAGCUCACCACUGGAAGUUUGGCUUCCCUUAGCUUUAUACACUGUCACAAAACCCAUGAGAUGCUAGAGAUGACCCGUCCAGCUUUGAGGGCUUUUGUUGCUUUCAAUUUUUCACUGAAGCCAUUUUAUGAUCCUGAAGUACAGCUCUGAAAAUAAAAGAUGUGUGAU